CAAUCCUUCUCUCUAACACAGCACUUGUUAAAAUGGCAUUCAAGUUCGUCAUCCUUGCUUGUUUGAUGGCCGCCGCCAGCGCUGGCGUAGUUCCAGUUGCUCCCUUAUCUUACGCUGCCCCAGCUUACCACGCUGCGCCAGUGGCUUAUGCCGCGGCUCCUGUGGCUAAGUUGGCAUACGCUGCUCCAAUUGCGAAGGUUGCAGCCGUAGCGCCAGUGGCCAAGUUGGCUGUUGAAGAAUACGAUGUUAAUCCUCAAUACAGCUACGCUUAUGACGUCCAGGACAGCCUGACCGGUGACUCUAAGAGUCAACACGAGAGUCGUGACGGUGACGUCGUCCAAGGCUCCUACUCCGUCGUCGACCCUGAUGGUACAAAGCGCACUGUUGACUACACUGCUGAUCCUCACAACGGUUUCAACGCUGUAGUGCGGAAGGAAGCCAUCGGCGUGAAAGUAGCACCUGUAGUAGCUAAGGUGGCACCUGUUGUACACGCCGCUCCUCUUGUACACGCCGCUCCUGUCGCGUAUGCUGCAGCACCAUUGUAUCAUUCUGCCCCUGUAGUACACGCAACUCCAUUAGCUUACUCCGCACCUUUAUAUCACCACUGAUUGGUAUAAAAGUCGUUAUAUAAAUUGUUAUUAAAUUAAUAUAAAUUGA